AUGCCUCCACGUGCGCGGGGCACACAGCAGCGAGGCGCAGACACGAUCCGCAUCCUCGUCGCGACAGACAGCCACGUUGGCUAUAACGAACGCGAUGCGCACCGCCAGGACGAUAGCUGGAAGACCUUCGACGAAGUGAUGUGUCUGGCGAAAGAGCAUGACGUCGACAUGAUCUUGCACGCGGGAGACCUCUUCCACGAGAACAAGCCAUCACGGAAGUCGAUGUAUCAUGUCAUGCGCUCCAUACGCCAAAAUUGUCUGGGCGAGAAGCCCUGUGAGCUAGAGCUGCUGAGCGAUGCAAGCGAGAACUUUGGUGGCAUCUUCGACCAUGUCAACUACGAAGACGAGGACAUCAAUGUGGCUAUACCUCUGUUCGCAAUCCACGGCAACCACGACGACCCUUCUGGUGAAGGCUCAUUCUCGCCGCUGGACUUGCUGCAGGCGUCUGGCCUGGUCAACUACUUUGGACGAACUCCAGAAGUCGACAAGAUUCAAGUCAAGCCAGUGCUUCUUCAAAAGGGUGGCACGAAGCUGGCACUGUAUGGACUCAGUAACGUCCGCGACGAACGAUUGUUUCACACAUGGCGAGACGGCAAUGUCAAGUUCUUCCAACCUGGCACACAGAAGGACGAAUGGUUCAACAUCAUGAGCGUUCAUCAGAACCACCAUGCGCACACAUCGACAAGCUAUCUUCCCGAGAACUUUCUGCCUAGCUUCAUGGACCUUGUCGUCUGGGGCCACGAACAUGAGUGUCUCAUCGACCCGCGCUAUAACCCAGAAAUGGGCUUCCACGUGAUGCAACCAGGGUCAUCUGUCGCGACCUCUCUGAUGCCUGGAGAGGCCGUGCCCAAGCAUGUCGCGAUUGUCAGCGUCACUGGGAAGGAGUUCACUUCAGAAAGCAUACGCUUGAAGACCGUCCGGCCUUUCAUCAUGAAGGAGAUUGUACUGGCCGAAGAGAAGGUGAUCAAGGACAAAGAGCUUUGGCGAACCUCAGACAACCGGGCAAAGAUCACACAGCAUCUCAAUCAGAUUGUGGAAGAUCUCAUAGGGGAAGCAAAGAGGGAGUGGCUCGAGCUACAGGACGAUCGCGAUGAGAAUGAGGACCUAGAAGUUCCCCGGCCCCUAGUGCGCUUACGCGUCGAGUACACUGCUCCUCAGCCUGGCGAAUUCAACGUCGAGAAUCCACAGCGCUUCUCAAACCGCUUCAUAGACCGCGUUGCCAAUGUCAAUGACAUUGUACAGUUUCACCGCAAGAAGAAGGCUCCUGCUCGCACAAUGAAGAGUAACGCUGAGAUGCCGGAUGAGAAGACUAUGGAAGAGAUAACUCUGAGUACAAUCGGCGUGGACAAACUCGUAAAAGAGUUUCUCACAGCGCAGUCGCUGACCAUCCUACCACAAAACUCAUUCGGCGAUGCUGUGUCCCAAUUCGUCAAUAAGGGCGACAAACAUGCCAUGGAGCAUUUCGUCAAUGAGAGCUUGGAGAACCAACUUAAGCACUUGAUGGACGCGAACGAAAUCGACGAGUCAGACAUUGCAGAUGAAAUGGAGCAGUACCGAUCCCAACUAGAAGAUUUGUUUGCCUCUGGUCAGCUCAAGAAGACUCGCAAGUCGAAGACCAAGCCGAAACCAGUCACAUGGGACAGCGAAGAAGACGGGCAUUGGAACGAUCAACCUGGUGCUCUAAUACGUUCAGACAACGAAGCGGAAAACAACGACAACGAUUUUGGCUCUAUACCUACACGGAAGCCUGCUGCGCGUGGUCAUGCGAAAGCUACAGGGAUCGCUCGACAUACCGCGGCGGCGAAGAAAGCCGCUCCCGCUGCCAAAGGUACGCGUGGCAAGAAGAAGGUCGUUGAAGAAGAGGAAGAAGAUGAGGAUGGAGACGCGAUUAUGAUUAGCGACGACGAUGAGGAGAGUGCAGAAGACUUAUUUGUGAAGCCGGCGAAGAAAGCAACUGCAAAGAAGCCUGCGCCAGCGAAGGUGCCGGCUAGGACGAAGUCACCAGCUAAGAAGACAUCAGCUUCCACCCGGACAAGGGCACCAGCUGCAACCAAGCAGAGCACACUGAACUUCUCCCAGCCUUCUACACAACGCAGCCAGCCCACGCGAGACAUCGCGCCACGCGGUAAGAAGACCGCUGAACCUAGCGACGAUGAGAUCUCUGAUGAUGACGACGCAUUUGAGCCUGCACCUGCCAUAAGGGCCACUCGCAGGAGAUAA